UUCGCCGGCUGAACGCUCGCAGGUGCAGUGACGAGGACGGCGAGGACGCUCGAGGACUUCCACACCCGGUCGGUCCAUGUGUGCAGGUCUGUAGCUGGAGGUAAACUUCACACCUGCUCAGAAACUCACCUGUCAGUAUGAAGACGUUCUCUGAUCAGACAAUGAAAGACGAAGAUGUGAGUCCGAAUCAAGCUGAACUCUUCACGUGAAGAUCUGAGGUUUUCCUUCGCCGUCAUGGAAUCCAAAUCUGACGGCACACGUUGACCUCGUGGACAUUGAGUUCUUCUUUCUAACUCGACCGACUCACCAAGCUGACGCCAUGAACCUGCGCGGCGGUAACAUGUCACAGUCCGUCUCCAUCGCCAACACCUGGCCUCCACAUGGAUUGGAGCAGAUCGCCCUCCAGAUCAACAACGUGACAAACUCGGGCUGUCAUGACGCAUUCCAUCACGCCAUCGACGUGCAGUUUGGAAACUGGUCGUACCGUAACGUCGGAGGAGUGUCCGGCGAGGAGGGCGGCAGGAUGUACGAGUCUCAGUGUCUGUCCCAGGACACGGAGGCGGACAAGAACUGGGCGGCGCUGCUGAUCCUAGCUGUCAUUGCCGUCACGGUCACGGGAAACAUCCUGGUGAUCCUGGCGGUGUCGCUGGAGAAGAAGCUGCAGAACGCCACAAACUACUUCCUGAUGUCACUGGCAGUCGCCGACAUGCUGCUCGGCAUCUUGGUCAUGCCGGUUUCCAUGGUGACCAUCCUGUACGAUUACGGCUGGCCGCUGCCCUCGGACCUCUGUCCCAUCUGGAUCUACCUGGACGUCCUGUUCUCCACGGCAUCCAUCAUGCACCUGUGCGCCAUUUCUCUGGAUCGGUACAUCGGCAUCAGAAACCCGAUCCACCACAGCCGCUUCAACUCCCACACCAAGGCCCGCAUCAAGAUCAUGGCUGUGUGGACCAUCUCAGUGGGGAUCUCCAUGCCCAUUCCAGUCCUCGGUCUCAGAGAUCACUCCAAAGUCUUCAAAGAUGGCAGCUGCCUGCUGACAGAUAACAGCUUCGUGCUGGUCGGCUCCUUUGUGGCGUUCUUCGUGCCGCUCACCAUCAUGGUGGUCACGUACUUCCUGACCAUCAGCGCCCUGCAGAACGAGGCCACGCUGUGUUUGGACCAGCUGGUUCCUCGACCCAAAUGGAGCACGACGUUCACGCUGAGCUUCUUACCGCAGAGCUCGCUGUCCUCUGAGAAACUCUUCAGGCGCUCCAUCAGCCGCGAGGCCAGCGGCAGAGGAAGCGGCGUUGGCGGCCUCGGAGGCGCGUUGUUCGGACGCCGCACCAUGCAGUCCAUCAGCAACGAGCAGAAGGCGUCCAAGGUCCUCGGGGUGGUGUUCUUCCUCUUUGUGGUCAUGUGGUGCCCGUUCUUCGUCACCAACGUGCUCGUGGUGGUGUGCGAUCCAGCCGUGUGCGACGCCGGACUGAUGGGCGGUCUGCUGAACGUCUUCGUCUGGGUGGGAUACCUGUCGUCCGCCGUGAACCCGCUAGUCUACACGCUGUUCAAUAAAACGUACCGGGCGGCGUUCCUGCGUUAUGUCCGCUGCCGGUACCACCCCGAGAAGAAACCUCUGCAGCUCAUACUGGUCAACACCAUCCCGCCGCUGGCCUAUAGCUCCACCCACCUGCCCACGAGCGAGGGCGGGAAACUACGAAACGGAGAGGCGUGGUCUAAAGGUGACGUGAAGAACUUAACUUUACCUGGACAGGAAACAGAGACGAACAAAGACGAGAGCUGCCUGUGAAACUAAACCACAGGUUUAAAGUGCCAAAGAUUGCUCCAGACCAGUCUCCAAGACUGUAAGACUAAACACAAAGACAGAUGGGUAAAUCUCUGAGGGCUUCGUGGUGAGAGAGACAAGGACGGACAGGUCAGGUGGCCUCUACACAACCUGCAGUUCCUCUAACGUCCACUUGAGGCUGGCUCCAGAAGUGAGUCAGUCUCCAUAA